UUAAUUGAAUGAAUGAAAAUGUUUGUCGAAAAAAAUCCUUGAGUUGAUAGGUGUUCUUUUUCAUAUUUUUUGUUUAAUUUGGGUGUUUAUUUUGUAACAAAUAAUAAAUGAAUUCAUAGGGGUUUUAUACAUAAAAAUACAAUGUCAAAAAGUACGAUUGAAGGAAAAUUAAGAGGUUUGGAACAACGCCUUGAAAAUGAAAAACGUAUUCGCGAGGGUGGCUAUCACGGCCAAGCUGGAAUUGCGGGAUCUAGACAUGGAAACAAUCGAAGACCAAGGCCUCCUAAUGCAUUCUCAUUUAACAGAGAGAUGCCCGCGUUCCCGCCGAGGUCACCGCAGGCCACAGAUACAGAAUAUAGGAUGAGAGAAGUUUAUAAGGUUAGUGGGAAACUGAACGUAGACGGCCUAGAGUACCGUUCAAAUGUGAACGACCUACAGCUGCUGGGGGAACUCGGCAGCGGCACCUGUGGACACGUCGUCAAGAUGCUGCACAAGCCGUCCGGCGCUGUCAUCGCUGUCAAACAAAUGCGCCGGUCCGGCAACUCGGAGGAGACUAAGCGUAUCCUGAUGGAUCUGGACGUGGUGGUGCGCUCGCACGACUGCCCGUACAUCGUGCGCUGCCUCGGCUGCUUCGUCACCGACGCCGACGUCUGGAUCUGCAUGGAGCUCAUGGAGACGUGCUUCGACAAAUUGCUCAAGCGGCUCGCCGCGCCCAUACCGGAGGCUAUACUAGGGAAAGUCACAGUUGCUACUGUGAACGCGCUGUCGUACCUGAAAGAUACACACGGUGUCAUCCACCGAGAUGUGAAGCCGAGCAACAUACUGCUAGACGCGCGCGGCAAUGUGAAGCUUUGCGACUUCGGCAUCAGUGGCCGCCUCGUCGAUUCCAAGGCCAAGACGCGGAGUGCAGGCUGCGCCGCGUAUAUGGCACCAGAACGAAUAGACCCGCCAGAUCCGUCGCGGCCGGAUUACGACAUCAGGGCAGACGUGUGGUCGCUGGGCAUAUCGCUGGUCGAGCUCGCCACUGGAGUGUUUCCAUACAGAGACUGUCAGAACGACUUCGAGGUCCUCACAAAGGUCAUAUCAGAUGACCCACCGCAGCUACCUGACGAUAGUGACUUCACACCAGAUUUCAAAUCAUUUGUCUCACAGUGCCUAACAAAAAACUACAGGCAUCGACCUAAAUACGCGAAGUUACUUGAGCACCCGUUCGUGGUGAAAUCAGCUCAGAGCACUGUCUCGGUGGAGGCGUGGUACGCGUCGCUGUCCGCCGACUCGCGCCUCGCCCGCUCCCCGCACCCCGCGCACCCCGCGCAGCCCCCGCACCCCGCGCACCCCGCGCACCCCGCGCACCCAGCCCGCCACAACGGCCUCGAGCCGCAGCCGCCGUCAACGCCGCAGCCCGCCCGCAACUUCGUCACUACCUCGCAGUAUUGGCUCCCGGAGCAAGUCACACCUACUCCUAAUAGGGCGCGGUGGGGCGUCGAUAAUAUGGCGGGCGCGGGAGGGUCGCAGCCGGCUAGCCUCGAGGACUACAGCGGAUACUCGCCUUACGCACGCCGCAGGACGGUAGAGACGAGUGCGUCACCGCCGCCGCCGCCGGCGCGGCGCGUGUCGGCCGACAGCCGCUGGCGGCCCGCCACCACCACUGCCUCACCCGCCAGUUCCGGCAACACAAGCCCCAUAGUUUUACAACGAUUUUACCACCAAAGUCAACAGAGGCGGUCUAGAGUGGACCUACACUCCACACCUAGGCACAGGAGUUUAAGCAGAGAGCACAGUACGGGCAGGUCGCCGGAGCCGCCGCCGCGGACCAGUAGGCAGCAUCCGAUGUUAGGACAUGAAGCAAAUGGUGAUGAGCCGCCGCCGUUACACGACCGGUUGCAUCCGCCCUCGCCACUGCUGCUUAACGAUAGGUUAUCCGAGGGCCGCAGUCAGAGUCUGACACGCGCUGAGUUGCGCAAUGGUUUCCGCAGCGAUAUAGCACCGCUACCGCCCACCAAACUGCACCACGACGACCAUGGCUGGCUGCACUCGCUCGCGGGGCUGCUCAAGCGGCGGCUCAGCGGGUACGUGAACUGGUCUCACGUUGCAGCGCGCCGGGAGCCGCUGCACCAUCCGCACCACCCGCACCACUUGCAGCACAGGUGGGGCCACAGUAAUAGCGAGACGCGGAGCGUGCCAGCGUCCCCGCUGCCGCCGCGCGCGCCGCCGCCGCGUCCGCACGACUAGCGGCCGCCCACUGACGACACGGCAGAUGCGGUGCUUGAAAUUUGGAAUUAGGGCCUCCGCGAACGAGCGACUUUUGUCUGCUUUCAUCAAGAUUCCCUGUUGUCAGUCAGCGGGAACUUACCAUAAACUCAUCAGUACGUAUUCGAUGCAAUUACGUCUUAUUUUAUUUUGGACCAAAUGGUGAGCAUUGUCGCUCGUCCGCGCAGGUCCUUUCGUCUCGAUAUUAAGCUGUAUUUAAUAUUUGUCAUGCAUAUUUUGCACAAAUUCCCCCUUAAUAGGGUUUCGUAUUUGCCCAAUCUCGGCUCGACGCGAUAUGUCGGUUACAUUAAAAGCGGACUUUUUUUAAAAAAUAGACUAUACGUAUUCACGUUUAAGGCUGACUUUCGCAUAACAUUCUCUUUGUACUGACUAGACCAAAUAUUUCAAUUCUCUAUAGCGAAUAUGUAUAAUCAAGAAAAGCAGGAUCUUUAUGUGACUUAUUUAUAUAUAGAGCGGACAAUUAAUAACCGCUAACGUUGUGGCCCGCUAAUUAAAAAGGCAAUGACACAAGCAUUUAUAAUUUUUAAUGAAAUCAGCUUACAAUAAAACAAAUAAGAGCGUAAAGAGCUGAUCAUUGGAUACACGUUACAACCGUAUGAAUAAUAUACCUAUUUCCUUUGAGUACUGUAACUUUUUUUACACGGUCAUUUGUUCUCGCGCUUUAGCCAUAAAAUCUCAUUUAAAUUUAGAAUAAAACAUAAUAACUACAUUAUAAAAAAUAAUGCUGAUAACAGAUGCGAAUUACAGGGGCGAGAAAUCAUGGGGUAUAAAAUUUUGAGAUCGACUGCUUGUUAAAUUUCUAAAAUAAAAUUCAAAAUUGAUUCGCACGUGAAAUUUUGGUAUUUUAGAGGUUCGUUAGCUACGAAUAAUCGAUGACCGAUUAGGUCGUGUGUUUGUAUGCACCUCUACAUAUAUACAGCGCCGCAUUUAACUAUAGGUUACAUAGGCUAUAACUUAGGGGUCUCCACCACGAAAGGCCCCCAUCACAAAUGGACUCUUGCCACAAAUGGGCGGAAUUGGUUGGAAAAUUAGAUGAAAAGUGGGAACUUAAAUUUCUAUAAAUUUAAUAAUAGAAAAUUCAUUUGUAAUUCAGUUUUGAAAUAUAAAUAAUCUAUUUUAUACGUAAAAUGAGACCCCCACCCACGCUGAGAUUUUACAUAUAAUAUAAAAAAAUAGUGUAGGGACCUACAGACCCUAAAUGCGGCACUGCUUAUAUAAUUGACACUAACAUAUAAUAUUAUAGCGGUUCCAAACAAAACAAAAAGUAUUGACAAAAAAUAUUACAGUGGUUGAAGAUGUGAAAGAGUUGUGCAAACAUUUGUACAAAUGUUUGCGAAUGAUCUCCCAAAGGAUUUUUCUGCAUGUUUAUGAAGAUCUUUAAACAGGCCUGCAACCGCCAUUACAGUUCGGUGUAUGCAGUGACCAAUUGACAGUCACAGUAAAACGAACUCUCUUGUGCGAUAACGAUAUAUUAUUUAGAAUUUUAUGACAAUAUGAGAAAGUAAAAGCUUUAUUGAACAAGACUAGUUACAUUUUAAAAAAUAAACACAGUACAAAAGCGGACUUAUUGAUUUGAUUUAAAGUCUAUAUUACUUAACUUGUGCAAUAGGUACAAUGAGCGACAUACAUAUAUCGUCAUAGUCGUAGAAUACUGACGGAUCUGACAAAGAUUACAUAUAAAGAUCCGUCAGUAUUCUACGACUAUGACGAUAUGUUGAGCAAAAAGUGGCGUAGUACUGCAGCCGUACACUUGCGUGCAAUUUUGUUAUAGUUUUGUUUGGUGUACAACUGUAAAUCCAUUUUUUUACACAUCUUGUAUUUACGCUUUUAAUAAAUCAUUUACAGUAGAAUCUCGAUUAUUAAAAUAAUAAAAAUAGGGAAGUAAUAAUGCACGCAAGUGUAUUGAAUCAUUUUGUAUUUGGGUUGGAAACUUUCAAAAUGUUUGCCUACUGCAUUUGAGAUUAUACCACCGUUAGUGCCAUAUUUUUAUAGUUCACUGUAAAGGUAUUAUUAGAUUAAACGGAACAUCACUCAUAUCACACUUGCACGGUCAUAAUGUUCAUAAUGAUUACGGUAUUCAUGAACUAAUUACAAUAUUAAGCCUAGUUUAGGCUGCACUAGUGGUUAAGUCGAGUGGCGAGUAGUUUAGUUAAAGGAUAUUUUGUUUUUUAAUGGGUAAAAAUGAAAUGAUAACCCCGCCCGAGCUAUCGGUAUACACCGAAAAAUCACUUGGCCCACCAUGAUGAAUUCGACAAGAAUGAACCAUUAUGGUUUCCAGGGGAACCGCGUGGAGGUCGACCUGAGAGGGUAUAUUGCUAGAAUUGGAAUAUAGAGCUCAUUACUAACACUUUUCCCCCAGUAAAGGGAUAUUAUCGAAUAAAAUUUUACUUAACUAUUCGCCACUUAACUGGAUUACUAAUGCAGUCCAAACUAGCUUUUAGAGUUGAAAUUUUAAAUGCCAAGUUACAAUUGUCAAUCGAUAAAAUAUGGCUCAUUUUUUACACAUGUAUGACAGAAAUAUACAGUUUACAUUGAAAGGGAUGAGAUUUCGGGUAAUAUAGCGCUUACCGUUUUUUACUGCACGAAGUUAGAUAUAAUUUGAUGACAAAUAAGUAGGUACCUAGCCUCUUCACGCCUAUAAAUCAAAUUCAAACUGUUUUUUUUUUUCAAUUUAGACGAGUAUUUUAACAACUCGUCACAACAACAACAUUAUAAUCAAUGUUUUUACUAAAUAAUUUGACAAAAUUAUGACUAAAUUACCCCGAAAUAGGCUUUAGUGCCAUUGGAAGUUUCGCUCAGUCCUGGAUGUGUUUACCUGGUCCUAGCAUAAUUUUUAUGGGCCGUCUAAAUCACGAUAUAAUAUUGCCGGUAUUAUAUAACAUAUAUUUUAACAUGUAUUUUAACAAUUUAUUUCAAAUACUGUUGAGAGAAUGCGUCACUAUCAAGUUACUGUCCCGGUUUGAAGAAAUCUUAGACCUGGGGCUGCUUUCGCUGUAAUUAUCUCCAUGUAUGUAAACUAUAUCGUGACGGUCACAAAUUAUUGUAUUGGACUUGUUCAAGUCAUGAGUGCGAAUUUGUAUAACUUGCACGUUGUAAAAUGGGUCGACUAGAACAAAACAAGACUUAUCAAUAAUAAGAGAAUAUUAUAGAGUUAUGCGAAUGAAAUGGUCGGAAACAUUUUUUCAAGUAGCCUUAAAAAGAGAGAUGUUACAAUACCGUCAUAGACAUAGAAUACUGACGGAUCUGACAAAGAUUACAUAUAAAGAUUCGUCAGUAUUCUACGACUAUGACGAUAUGUAUCUUUAGUUUCAUUACGUAGUAGUACAUAAAUUAAGCAUUCAUAAAUUUUACGAACUAAUCUUAGGUUCGGAUUUUUUAAUGUUAUAAUUGAACAAUGGUAUCUACUUCUAAUGUACAUACAUAUCGUCAUAGUCGUAGAAUACUGACGGAUCUUUAUAUGUAAUCUUUGUCAGAUCCGUCAGUAUUCUACGGCUAUGACGAUAUGUGCAAUAUGCGGUUUUGUCGAACCUAAAACGAAAUUGUAGUAUUCGCCUUUUACGGCAAUGAAGCUUCGAAAUAUCAUAAGGUCGUCGCAGCUUACAAUUUUGGCGACACACCGUCGAUAUUAGGUAGAUAAUUAAAUAAAAUUCCACGGUUAAAGAGUCGUAACUGGUUUUUUUUUUUUAUAUUAUGGACGUUUAUUUAUCGGUCACAUAGAUCAGGGGUGGCCAAAGCGAUCACUCAAUUUUGUUCAAUCGCUCGCAAUGUGAUACAUUUGUAUACACUUAGAAUUUUUUUUCCUAAGAAACGGUUACAAUAGAAAUAUAGAAAAUGCAUAGGUAUAUAAGAAGUGUCCCAUACUAGGCAAAAGGAACUGGCUCAGCUGAUGCUGUAAAUGUCCCAGUGCAAUGUAACCAGCUGUUCACAUUGUGUCUGUGUCUGUCCCACGUUUGCCUCUCUAACAAUAAAAAAAAAUCUUUUGUAUUCUACAAGUAGUUGCGCAGUCUAAGAUUUAUACACUUCAGACUGUGCCUGUAAUUUUUUUUUUUAAAUCAAGUUGGAUUUAUUCUUGAUCUUACCUACCUCUCUUGAUGGUAAGUGAUAAAAUAAAGACAAUUUAAAGAUAAUACAAGUAUCUUAUAUAUAAUUAUAUGAAACACACACACACACACACACACACAUAUAUAUACAACGUUGUAUAUAUAUAUAUAUAUCUGUGUGGUCUUCAGAAUCAAUCAUCAUUGGUCAAUAAUUUCACAAACCAUUGACCAAUGAUUUUUUUAAAAUUAUAUAUAGUUUUUUUUAUAGGAUAUAUAUAUAUAUAUAUAUAUAUAUACACAUAAGUUGGCCAACCCUGACAUAGAGAUUAUAAAGUGCGAUUGGUCGCUUUCACUAGCUUCCGCUUGCUUUAAUAUACCCGACGGUCACGUGACCUAACGUUUCCUAUUUGCAAUGACGAUUAUAGUGCAAAAAAAAAAUGUAAAUAUCGUGUAUUAUAUUAUAUAAGUGGACGUCACAUUACAAAUUAUAUUCGGUGAGAAUGUUUUAUUUAGUCUGCAGUUCACGAAAUUUGUCGUGGGUUCGAAAACGAAAUUCAACUUAUUUGCACUGUAAUAAGGUUUUAUUUUUAAACAUCAAAUUUUUUUUAUUGAUUUUUAUAGUUGAUCCUUAUUACAGAGCAGUAAAGUUGAAUUUCGUAUUACAAGCCGUGGGAUUUUUGUGGAACGCAGUGUUAAUAGAUGAAAUUAGUUUAUAUAUAUAUAUAUAUAUAUAUUUUUUACAUAUUGUAAUAGAGCAUUAUAAAUAUGCUGCAUAUAUUUUUAAAUUAAUUAAUAUUAAUUGUACAUUAAUUUAUGUUAGUUUCGACCAAAUCUAUAGAGUUUAAUCGUAUUUUGUAAUUGCUUUUAGAUCGUCGUUGGUUGAUGAAGUUAGUAAAUGGUCUAAGGGGGAUAUUACACUGUCAUUUAUAAGGUUCUAAUUUAUUUUCUAGAGCUAUAAAUGCUGUGUAGAAAAAAAAAACUUUUAAAUGAUAUUAAAAGAACGUCAUAAAUGUGAUCAAUUGAUAAAAUGGUCUAUGUAUGAUCCUGUAUAUAUGACAAUGUAAUAUGCCCCUAAUAAAAAGCCUAUCGCAUACGAAAUAAUUGACCAGUAGAAGUCAUAUUGUACAGUGUAAUACCAAAUAACAUAAUUAUUUAUCUAGAUUUUCGUUUGCGAUAGGCCAAACGUGGUUACGUGCGAUUGCGUCGUAUCGCCUAACCACGUGUUUAUAUUCGCUUAUGUUCCCCUCUUGUAUUGUACUUUAUGGCUUCAUAGUGGAUAGAUUUUGUUUCUGGAUGUAUAUUUAGGUAUAAUUUUUUUUUUUUACUAGAUGGCGUUGUGUGAUAUUUAUUUAUUUAAAGAAAAAUACCUGCCAAAUAUUAUUAUUUUGUAAAUAUAGGAUAUUCUGCAAAUUAUUUUUCUAUAUAGCAAUGUUGACUUUAUAAAAACUAGUAACUUAGUAAUCAGUACUAAUAACUAAAUACAAAUUCAAAUACUAGAAUGUCUACCGUAUGCUCCCUAAAACUGAUUUCUACUCACUUUCUUGAACACUCUGGUUAUGGAAUGAGCUCCCUGCCGAGGUUUUCCCAAGAGACUACAGCAUGGAGUUCUUCAAAAGGGGGGUAAUGAGGUUUCUUCAGGGUCGGCAACGCGCGCGUAAUACCUCUGGUAAUGCAUACCACUGGUAUUUAUUUGGGAGAUUUUUUUAUACCACUGAGGUGGCAAACAAGCUGACGGCCCAUCUGAUGGAAAAUGGCAACCAUCGCCUAUACACAUGAUCAGUACCAUGGACAUAACAGAGUAUACUGUUUCGCCCAUAAUACCCCCCAUGCGUUGCCAUUCCUGAGAACUCAGGUGUUAUUCCUCUGUACCCAGUAAAUUCACGCCAUAUCCCACCCUUCAAACCGAAACACAGCCAUGCAAACACAACUGCUUCACGGUUGAAGCACGAAUGGGACAGAGGUACCCAAGCAAUCGACUUUUGUACAAAGUCUCCCUCUGGUAAUCUGCGGCUACAACUCAAUACACCGAGACCGAAGUAAUUUAGGAAAAUUCAUUUUACUUAAUUGGCUCAACCGGGAAUUGAACCAGGUGCCUCUUAUAUUUAAUUUUGUAUAUACACUAAUUUAUUGUCCGCUACUUGUGAUUUCAGAAGUAGAAAAUCAUUUGAAUGGUCUAAUUAUAGAUGGCGUAUCAUGAUAAGACAUAUAUCAGAUUUUAAGUUAGACCUUCAGGUAUUUAAGAAUUCAACAGUGAAAACUGCAUCGCAAUUUGGCGCAGUAGUUUUUAAGUUAUGUUGGAACAAACACAGAUACACAACAUUUCUAAAAAAUAUUGUUGGCUUCCAUUGCUCGUUUUAAGGCCCCUUAUGGUCCUAUUUUUUAUUUUGUUUUUUUAAAGCCCCUUAUACUCGUAUUUUUUUUCUUAAAUAUCUAUAUAUAGCAAUAUUAUUAUAUUUGUAAGAUUACAAAAACUAUCUGUUAUGGAGCUGUAGAGUUUGUAAUUGAAAGCACGCGUGCCCCACGUCGGGCGUCUGGGGUCGGCGGUCGAUACAACAGUAUCGUUGAUCUGAAUUAAAUGGAAUUUGCUAUAAACCAAGUCAUUAUUAUAUUUACUUAUUUUUUUUUUAAACCAACAGCGGUUUACAAAUAAAAUUAUCAAACAUUUUAUAACAAAGUAGUGUGGCCAAUAACAGGUUUUUCUAAAUUAAUUUCGUAGGUUAUGUAGUUGACAAUUUACAAUACUGUAUAUUUUGUUUUAGUGGAUGAUAAGGGAAUGGUAGCUUCGCCUGCUAUAACGGUAUACGCUGGCGGGGCACCAGUGAGGGAUGAUAGGUGAGGAUAAAAAAGCAAGUCAGUUAGCCCAUCGUGAUGAACACACCUGGAAUUCAGUAUGAUGGUUUCCAGGGGGAACCACGUGGAGGUCGACCUGAUAGGGUAUAUUGCUAGCAAUGAUACUGUCCGCAUUACUAACAAUCCCUUCCACCCCCAAUACUAUGUAUUGUAUAUAUGUUAUUAUUAAUAAUUCAUAAAUGUGCCAAUAAAAAUUUGAAUUGUAUUUUAUUUCAUUAUUAUGUGAUUGAUGGCAAGUGACAGAAUAAAUAAUAAUUAACCUAUGAAAUAAAAUUGUAAUGGAAUUAAUUUAUUUUGCUACAAUAUAGAUAAUUUUUAAAUGAAAGACAUCUGCAUUGUCCGUUUACAUUCUGCAUUUGUAUCGGCGUGUAAAUAUUUAAGUACAUCUAUUCAUAUAAAUGCAUUAAAUAUAUGGCUUAUACUUUUUAAAUUUAGUCAUUAAUAUUGUAAAGCAAAGACGAGAAAAUAUUUGAUUGACAAGUGCUUAAAAUGAAUUUGAACGGCUUCAAUGGAUGUACAUACGUGAGAUUAUUGAACUCGCUGUGUUUGUAGUCGUUUCCAACAAUUGUUUCCACUCGAUCCAGAAAUCUUUAGGAAGCGUUCCGCGCUUUGCGACACAGAAAAACACAGUGACUUCCUUAAUUUCCCAUGUGUACAUAGACGUUAAAUAAAAAAUGAACAUAAGUUUCAAAAAUAAUAUUUUUUAAUAUAAUAAUAUACGAGGAAAUUAAAAAUAGCUAUCCUAUAAAUGUUAAUAGUAAUGAACUAGACGCAAAAUACAAAAAUCUUAUUUUUUUAAACAAUUGUUUCUUACGAUACCAAAAAAAAAAAUAAGGCAGACAUGUGUCCUGUAUUCGAUGAUUCGUGUAUAAUAAAUAUUAGGGCCGUAUUAUAACGUUCUCCUGAACGUAUGCGAUGUCACAGCAAAAUCAUUCAGAUAUCGCGAUGCUGGGCUCAAUUUGGAGGCAUCAUUUCUCUAAAUAUAUAAAAAGAAAAUUUAUGUUAUGGUACCAUGCCAUGUCAGCCGUUAACUGUCCACUGCUGAACAUUUUUUUUUAUACUACUUAGAAUGGCAAACAAGCUGACGGCCCACCUGAUGGAAAGUGAUAACCGUCGCCUAUAGACAUGAGCAGUACCAUGGACAUAACAGACUACUGUUUCGCCCAUGAUACCCCCCCAUACGUUGCCAUUCCUGAGGACUCAAAUGUUAUUCCUCUAUAGCCAGUUAAUUCACGCCAUAUCCCACCCUUCAAACCGAAACACAGCCAUGCAAACACAACUGCUUUACGGUUGAAACACGAAUAGGACAGAGGUACCCAAGCAAUCGACUUUUGUACAAAGUCUCCCUCUGGUGAUAUGCCUCCUCAAUUAGAGAUUAAAAAAGAUUUAGAGAAACGGCGAAAAUAUGACAUCAUGUUUUUUUUUUUAAUCAACGUUAGUGUAAUACGGCCCUUAAUUUUAUUAGCGUUUUGGCUCGUACAGGCCACUGUCCACAGCGCUACACGACGACCGCCGGCCCCGCGUAAUGUAGCGCCCCCUAGUCCGCACGCAGCCUUACGUGCAAGCCUUAGCAUAAGACGAGACUAUUUAAAAAUAUAUAUUUAAUAAACAACGAUUAACUUGUUUUCUAUUAUUAUAAUUAUUGCAAUAAUUAUUAUUUUAAUGUGUAAUGUAAUAAAUCGAAUCAGUUUUA